GGCAAGCCCAAGGGAGAAGUGAAAACCCCACCCCACCAUAUCUCUCUCCCGGCCCCCUCCUCCCUUCUCUCGAUUUUUCCUCUUCUUUUCUACGCUCUUUCCUUCCGCGAUCUCGCCCCGCCUCGCUCUUGGUAUCUUUCCAUCCAGGAAGAAGAUUUCAUUCCUCGUGCUAUUAUUGUUGGUUGCUUCCUCUCUGGACGAUUGGAUUUUGUCCCCUGGAUUUCGCCCUUGAAGUCUCGUAGCGAUUUCGACAGGAGAGCUGGGUAUCUAUCUGGAUUUUUGUGGGAAAGAAUCUUGGAGUUCCUGGUAGCAAGUGUUCUCGUGUCUCUUCGAAGGUUCUUGCCUCAACGUUUGGGACUUUUGCUCUUGGUUGGAAAAAAAGACUUCUUUUUCUGGGUUCUUGGAGCGAUUUCGCUCUCAUGCCGUCGUGAAACCAUCUUUCCUCUCGGGUUUCGAUGCUAAUGUUGUUCUCUGGCUGAAAGAUCGGAAUUUUCGCGAGAUUUCGCUGCGGGAGGUUCAGUCCUUGAGGUCUCGCAUAAGAGGAUUCUUGCCCCAAGGGUUUGGGAUUUCUGCUCUCGGUUGGGAAGAAGAGUUCUUGUUCUGGGUUCUUGGAGCGAUUUGGAUCUUCUCCCUUCGUCAAACCAUCUAUCAUCAUGGGUUUCGAUGCUACUAUUUUUUCCUGGCCGAAAUAUUGGAUUUUCCACAGAAUUUCGUCGCGGGAGUUUAGGUCCUUGAGGUCUCGCUGUGAUUUCAAAGGAAAGGAUCAUAGAUUGAUCUCGGUUUUGUCGCAAGUAUUUGUAGUUCAGCAUUAGCUGCAAUUCCGGCUGGGAUUUGUGUUGAGCAUGCCAGACUGGGAGAUGGUGAAAGGAGGAAAGGAAGAUGAAAAGAUCAUGAGACCCAUGUUUCCAAGGCUUCAUGUGAAUGAUACAGAUAAAGGGGGUCCAAGAGCACCGCCUAGGAACAAGAUGGCCCUGUAUGAACAGCUCAGCAUCCCUUCACAUAGAUUCAAUUCUACAGCUGCUUCUGUAUUUCCUCUUCCACCACAUAAUGCCAGCACCCCAGUUUCCUCUGCAUCAAACCAGGGAGGUGGUCACGAGAGGAGUGUCUUAUCUCCAUAUUAUAUACCUCCUGAUGCACCUGCGCAUAAGUUUAGGAAGGUUCAUUCACACUCGUCAAAUGGAAAGAUUCCUCGUUCUACAAUCAGGAAAUUCAAAAGACCUGUGAGGCAUGGGAAUCAAAGAUCUUCACAUGCUGCAUGUUCAAUUGCUGGCUACAAUUUGCUCGAUUCUCACGACGUCUAUGAUAGGAAGAAUUCUAGCGAGGAAGACGAUGAUUUCAGGGUUCCUACAUUCGUUCACUCUGAGUCUGCUAAAUGCUCAAGUAAGAAUAUGCCUGUGAAGGAGACACAAAAAUCAUCUGCCUCUGGUGUAAAUGAGUUAGCAGAAAGUUACUCUUGUACCAUGAAUUCAUCUGCCCUGCUGUCAAAUUCUUACGACAAGCCCUUGGAGCAAAAAAGUGCUUGUGCUGUAAAUUCAAGAAAACAUGAAAGUAACCAUAGUGAGAAAAUGCAUGAAGAAACUAGAGGAAUUAAAGAACAGACAGAAGAAUUUGCCUUCCACACAGAAAAUAGAGAGAAGCUUUCAGAACUUUUAACUUUUUCCAAGGCAUCUUUAGAUCAUGAAUGCAUAAGAAUCAGAAAUGCUAUUGAGAAAACAUGCUAUGGAGAUAUUGGAAGAAGUCAAGAAUCUUAUGAUAAUGGUUGUCUGGGUGAACUUGGAUGCUUGGAUAGCAGAUAUGCUAUAGAAAAUGGGGAUGCUAGGCUGACAAGUGGAUGCUUUUCUAAGUCAUCACUUAGAAAUAGUCACAAGGAUCAAAAUAUGGCGGAUAACUGCUACCGAAAACUGGGUGACAAGGCAAGUGUAUCACUGGAAUUGAGAGAUGGAGACAGAAAUGGUGAAAUGUCCGAUACGUCGAUGGACUCCAUAGCAGGCUUGAAUAUUUCUCCUGAUGAUGUUGUUGGUGUAAUUGGUCCAAAACAAUUCUGGACAGCAAGAACAGCUAUCAUCAACCAACAGAGGAUUUUUGCAUUGCAGUUGUUUGAGCUGCAUAGAUUGAUAAAGGUUCAGAAGUUGCUCGCUGCAUCACCACAUCUACUUCUUGGUGACAAUCACGGUUCGAACAGUUCUAUGUCAGAAUUGCCUACAAAGAACCUACCUGCUGAGUUCAAUGUAGAAUUGCAGCCACUGACAGAACAGAGAGAUGAUAUUCAGGAACAGAACCAGAACAUCAAGUGCCCCGCAGAGAAAAGGGGGGUUCAUACAUCCCCUUCUCCUGAUGGUGGCCUUAGCAAGAAACUUGAUCAGCUUCCAAGUUGUGAACCUUGCUCUGGAAAACCAUCAACCGUCCCUGUGGCUCCCGAUAACAGAGCAGGUCCUUUGUGUUUCCAAUCACCCACAAAUCAGUGGUUGGUUCCUGUGAUGUCGCCUACAGAAGGGCUUAUCUACAAACCAUACACAGGGUUUUGUCCUCCAACUGCUGGUUUCAUGGCCCCUAUUUAUGGAAGUUGUGGCCCUCUGCCGCUUCAAGUUGUUGGAGAUUUCAUGAACCAAGGUUAUGGUGUCCCAGCAUCUCAUCAGCAACUAGACAUGGGGGGGACUCCUUUUAGGUCGCAUGGAGUUCCUCUGAACUACUUCCCGGCACCUUAUGGGCUUCCGGUUGUUAACCCAUUGAUCCCUACUUCAGUUGUUGAGCAUGUGAGGUCUAUGACCAGGCCUAUGGAGCAGACAGAACAGUACUCACAGGGUUCAUGUAACAUGUUGAAUCUAGAGAAUGAAGCUUUUGGAGGCUGUUCUUGGAAGUUGAAUGUAUCUAAAGGUUGCGAGUUGCAGGGAAGCACGGCAAGCAGUCCUUGUGAGAGGGUUCAAGGGAAGGGGAGGGAUGCACUAGACCAUCCUGUAACCCCACCUACAGAGGAUUCAAGACAACUGUCGCAAUCUAAUGUGAUUAAGGUUGUACCCCACAAUGCAAGCUCUGCCACAGAGUGUGCAGCACGAAUUUUCCGGUCAAUUCAGGAAGAGAGGCAACGGCUUGACUCGUAAUACAUAUGUGCUUCUCCAGGGUACACCUAAUGGGUUUUACAAGCCAAUAUGGUCAUGGGCAUAGAUGUAGUUAAUUUGGUGUCUCGUAAUAUUCAUAUUGGAUGUUUUGUUUAUAGGAGCCAAAAUUUUGGUUGUGGUUGUGGAUCUUCUUUUAUGUUGUCUAUAUGUAAAUAAAAUAUCUGAAGCAUAUGAACUGUUGUUUUGCAGCUUUCUCUCUUCGGGAUGAUAUGCGGUGUAUGUAAAAAAUCCUCUGCAUUAAUUUUUAAACUCCAAUAUGAGCUAUUACAGAUACAAGUGAAAUUAAUUGCAAAUAUAUA